CGUAAUAAAAAUGCAUAGAAAAUGCAUGUAAACUUGCAUGUAGGAUUUCAUGCGAACCCAUCCGGAAGCUGUUCUUUUCGAUUGGAAAUCCGUGUUCUUGUAAUUUACUGAUCAAGGAAAGAUAACUUUUUGCAUUGCAUUGAUGAGGUGAGUGUCAUAAAGCAGUUAGGAGUCAUUUAAAUUCUGUGAAACUUACCUUUCUGCCUCCAAGAGAAAAACCAAGACAGACUUGCUCUGGUUUCGAGUUAUUGUAACAGCAGAGGUCCUGUGGACAAACACCCCUACCCAUCACAAUGGCUACAAGGCGCACCAUCAAGAACAUUGUACACAAUUACACAGAUGCCCAGGUCAAAGUUCGAGAUGCGACCUCCAAUGACCCUUGGGGACCCUCCAGUUCACUUAUGUCGGAGAUUGCGCACCUCACAUACAACGUAAUGGCAUUCUCAGACAUCAUGAGCAUGAUCUGGAGGCGGCUAAACGAUCAUGGGAAAAACUGGAGGCAUGUCUACAAGUCGCUAGUCCUUCUAGAGUACAUCAUCAAGACAGGAUCAGAAAGGGUCGCCCAGCAGUGCCGUGAAAAUAUAUUCGCCAUCCAGACCCUGAAAGAUUUUGAAUUCAUUGAUAAGGAUGGCAAGGACACAGGACUUAACGUUCGAGAGAAGUCAAAGUCACUUGUGGCUCUUCUCAAGGAUGAAGAACGGCUGAAGCAAGAGAGAGUAAGGGCGCUCAAGGCCCAGGAGAGGUUUGCCCAGGCCUCACAGGGUAUAGGAAGUUCCACCGUGGGCAAGACAGAUUUCGAGUCCAGCCACGACAGUAACCAGUCUGAGAAUGCAGCUAACACCACAUCAGCGACACCCCCCAGAUCCUUAUCCACUGAUAUGGAGCAGGCUCGUCCUCAGACUAGCGGUGAAGAGGAACUUCAACUCCAGCUGGCGCUCGCCAUGAGCAGAGAAGAGGCAGAGCAGAAGGAGAAGGAGGUCCGGAGUGAUGACAUUAGAUUAAAAAUGGCACUUGAUGAAAGCAAAGAAAUACAGGCUCCCGCCGGAAGCCAGCAAGCUACUACACUGCUGAAUCUUGCAUCCGAUCCCAAAUGGUCUCCACCUGCAGCGCAGGAUCCUUGGGGUGCUCCAGCUCCAGCCACAUCUUCCCCAGCAUUCAACAACACUCAAGCCAGUGUCACAGUCAAUGAUCCAUGGAAGAACCCUUCACCUGCUCACAAAAACCCACCACCACAAGGAUCUCCCUGGGGCGCAUCCCCACCCUUAGCUGCAGCUGUGCCAGCCAGUGAUCCAUGGGGUGCUCCACCAGCUGCUCCUGCUCCAGCUCCCGCUCCAGCCGAUCCUUGGGGUGGUGUUGCAGCUCCUGCACCAGCCACAACACCAGCACCUGAGCCAUGGGGUUCCGCAGCUCCUGCACCAACCAAAAGUGACCCUUGGUCUAUAAAUGGUGGUGGUGCUGCACCUGACCCUGAUGCAGAAUUUGACAAGUUGAGAGUGAAGCCUGUUGAGGGAGCAGUCUCUGCCGUGAGCAUAGAUGAUUCCUUUUUUUCAGCACCUGUGGCAGUUCCUUCCUCCAAUAGCAAUGCAUUUGACAUGACAGGAAUGGACCAAGCACUUGGUAGCACUCCAGACAAGAAGAAACCAGAGGAUUUCCUUGGUAAAAACUCCAAACUGGUCAACUUGGAAUCUCUGAUUGGACCCACCAGGGAGACGGUUGGACAGCCAUCCAUGCAAGGAACCAAUCCGUUCAUGUCGGUACUUGGUGGUGCACCUCCUCCUGUUUCAACAGGUCUCCAAGCUCAACCACUCAACAACCCCUUCCAACAACAGAGGAUGCCAGCUCCUACCAUUAACCAGAUGAGAGCACAGCCUGUUGUGGAUGUCAAUGCUGGUUUUGGUGGGGGAGGAAUGGGUAUGGGUGGUGGUAUGGCCAUGGGUGGAGGUACUACCCUCCCACCCCCUCUUCUCCCAGCAAGUAGUGGCCCAUCCCCAGCUCAGCAACAAGCACAAACCAAUCCUUUCUUGCUGUAGCAUUGCCAGUUUCAUCAUUAGUAUUACCACAAAAUGUAUGGUGAUUUCAAAUGGACGUCUUAGCAAUCUUAUUACUGGUCCUGUUAUGCUUAUCAAUUAUCUACAUGCCAAGUCUAUUGUAUGAUACUCUUAGCAUUGAUGUUAAAUUGAAGAUGUUUCUUGAGUGAUAAUAUUAUGAUUAAUAUAUUCUUUAACAAAAUCAUUCAUUUGUAGUGUUUUGUAAAUACAAAUCUAAUGUGUGAAAGCUCAAAUUGUACUCUUGUUAAUUUUGUUUCCCUAUAAAUUCAAAGCUUAAUUUGUGGUGCGAUAAUUUUAGGGAAAGAUAGGUUCAUAAUCAUAUAUACAGGCUGUAUACUGAUUUUUUUUUCUGCUGUUACUGUACAAUGUACUUGUAAUUUAAAAAUAAUGUUUAACAGUACAGUGCAAAAUUGAAAAUCAGCUUUUAUUUAACUCUUUGAUAUGGUAUAUUGUACAAGGCAAAUGAAUGAGAAUAACUGCUUUAAGUUGUACUGUCGCAAAGAAAUAUCUCAGAGAUCAAAUUUUAUGUUGUAUGUAUUGUAUGCUUAAUUAUUUUGGGGUCGCAUAGAAUUAGCAAUAUUUACUUAGAAUUUAGAAUUAUGCUUUUUUUCUAUGGAUAAAUGCCCCAAAUAAUGACAUUUUCUGAAGCUUUAUCCUUGUUUGAAGAAUAAAGAUUGAAAAUAAUAAUGAUAUUAACUUGUAUGUUUCAGUAAAUUAUUGUUUGUAUGUUUUCAAAAUUAUGACCAAAUAUAUAUUUCAAAAGAUGACUUUUCUGCAAGACCCAUUGCUGCUCUGCACAUCUGUUAACAUUGUCUUUGCAAAAUUUAGGAGAGGGAAGUUGGCUGUGUAUUUAGUUUUUAUUAAUUUCAUCAUGAUAUUCUCCCACAGUCAUGUGUACACCUAUUGCUGCACAUGAAAGUUAAAUUUGGAGUCCUUAUUGAUUGAAGAGCUACGGAAAUAUCUCUAUUUGGAAAUACAUUUUACAACGUUAGGAAAUCUGCUUUUGUUUUGACCAUGAAUUUCAUUGUCAAUGAUGAAUGCUAGGUCCCUGUUCUAUUUAAAAAUUGCAGUUGACUGCAAAUUAUGCUUGCUCUCUACUCUUAUGUGUAAGAGACACUGAUGAAAAUUUGCUAUCAAGUGCAAGUCAAACUCCAAGUCUUGCAAUGAAUUUUGAAUGUGAUAUCGAUUGCUGGUCUGUUUCCUACAAGAAAUGAUUUACAACAUUUAAUUUUAAUUGAACAUUGGUAUGCAAAUUGAAAAUGCUUGCAAAGAAGUUUCUUGCAAUAUGCCAUAAUGUGAAAGUGCAUUAUUUUGUUGUAUUGACAUUGGUAUACUGAAAUAUAUGCACUUUCACUAGGGUAAUACAGGUAAUGAUGUACCGUACAUGCAUACAUAUUCAGAAAAUCAACAAGUUUACAGUGUACUACAUGUAUUUAGUUGUUUAUAGUAGAGGUGUAAUGUUCACCUCUACUCCAUAUCAGUUGAUAUUAUGUUUAUUAGUGGAAGUUGUAUUUAAUUUAUCAAGUAAUUUCCAGUCUCUUCAGCUGUUUGAGAUUUAUAAAUUGACGUGAAUGUUGGUGAUUAUGUAAACUUUGCAAAGAAGGAAAGCAAAUGCCUAGGAUACAUGGAAAAUGGCAUGAAAAAGACUUCUCUUUAAGAAACACAAUAGGUUUGUUGGAGGUGACGAUGGUUGAUUGAUGAACUAUAGGCUGUAACCACUGGUUUUUAGAUUUUGAAGUUGGUUUGUACUAUUCUGUCAGUUGAAUAAGGUCCCAGAUCUAGAUGGUCUAAUGAAAUAAGAUUGAUAUUCAGGCCCUAUAGUGACCUAAAGCUUAGUGAUUGAUCUGGGCCCCGUCUUACAAAGAGUUACAAUUGAUCCAAUCAAUCAUAACUCUAUGGAAAUCCAUCAGUGUCAUAAUUUUUUCUACAGGAAAUUUGCAAAAUGUCCUUUGUAUACAAAGGAGAUCACACCAAAUUGUCAAGAAAUCAAUAAAUUUAGGGAUAUACGUUCAUAUCUAUAAUUUUUUAAAAAAUAAACAUGCAUUUUAUAUGUUGACUUUGCUGGCCGUCCAUAGUUGCGAUUAAUUGGAUCAAUCGUAACUCUUUGUAAGACAGGGCCCUAGUCUGCUUUUUAACAAUCAUUCACAAUAAUCAAUGCAAUCAAUCACAGAAAUCAGCUGUACAAUCAAUCGCUAAGCUUUGUGUUAUGGGGCCCAGGGGACACAAAGAUUUAAGUAUGACUUAGAUUCGCACUUAAACGCCUAGUUGCGUGCGAUACAAAAGGCAUGACCACAUUGGUCAGAUCACAACUGCGUAUUAAUCAGUAAGAUUGUUCGUUUAAGUGCGACUCUAAGUCAUACUUAAAUCUUUUUUCUUUUUUCAACUCCUGUAAAGAAAACUACAGCCCAUUGCAGGAAGUAUGUAAAUCGAAUAGAUAAAAAAAAAUGUAAUUAAUGCAACUUGAUGUAAAUCCAACUUGUGAUCAUUUUGGACUUGGAUUUUCCUUCAGAGUUGCACAACUCUUACUGCAUUUGCCCCUACACAGUCUACUUGUACGUAUGGAUCUUGUGAAAGCUACUGGUACCAAGUCUCCACCUUCAGCAGUCUGUGCAUCUCUUUUCCAUCCUUCAAACCUUCAGUGAAAUGGCCAUGAGACUUUCCGAAUAACUUGGAAAGUUGUGUCACGUGCAGAUUUGUGAUUUAAUUCAAACAAAAUCUGAUUUCUAGUGAAGCAUCUAGCAUCGGAAAAAAAUGUACAAAAUCUUUAUACAUAUAUAUGCAAAUCUUUUUAUUUUUGUGAAUUUCUGUAAUAUGAAUAAUUGCUCUUUGACUAUGUUUACAUGUAGGUGAGUGGUGGAAUAGUAAUAACUGGGUAUACUUUUAAAAACAAACAUGUUGUUAGUACAUGCUGUUUGUAUGUUUGUUGAUAUAUGUUGUAGUUGUAUUUUGAAUUUUUAUUGGUGAAAGUGGUGGAAGGAAAAAUUUGAAUUGAUCAGUAUUUCAAGCGUUUAUAAUAAUUACUAAUUAAAAAUCUCUACUUCCCUUCCAUUCUUGGAUUGUCUUCAUUUAUAUAUAUAUAUAUAUAUAUAUAUAUAUAUAUAUAAAGAUUGUCAUUUCAUUUACUCUCCUUGGGGGUGUUUCACAUCUAGAUUAAAGUCUGAAUAAAAUUUGCACUUAAAAUCCAAAAUCCCAGUUGCAUGCGUAUAAAGGUAUUUUCCUCUAGCAUAUCAGUCAUUGAGAUUAUAUGUUAAAAGUUAUGCGCAUACUAGCACUUAUGCAUGGCUUGUAGUGGGCCUUAACUCUGUGUGAAAUGCCGCCAAGGUUUUCUUGCAUAUUUUGUUAAGUAUGAACUCGCAUAUAAAAUAUAAAUUCCUAUCUUUAAAUGUACAUCUUUAUACUAGUGUGUAUCCCUCUGCUGCUAUUAAAUACUUGUAAGUACAUAGAUACAUUUUAAAACUUUAAAUACUAUUAGUAUUGAUAGAAUGUGCAUCAUAUGUUGUUUGUUACUUUAUAAUAUUGGAGUUGAUUAAGUACUGGUAAACAAAGGACAGCUUCUGUUGCAAUGUUUUUAAUUGUGAAAUAAAUGAAUAUCACUGUAAGUUAAUCAUCACAAUUAAAUUAUUGAUUGAUUUACUUUAUGAUGGGCAUUUGGUAACAGUGUAUCAAUCUCAUCUCUUAUCAUCCUUUUUCUUCUGACCAUUAAAAAUAUUUGGAUGAAUCUGAAAUGUAAGGACAUUGGUGAUAUUGAUCUUUCACCAUCAUGGUUAUCAUACUUAUUUCAUUUUUUAGGAAUAAAGGAAACAGUCCUUCAAUGUUGAAAGUGCACAUAAAUCCCCCUAAUAAAAAUACAUUAAACUACAUGUAUUAAUUUGAAUGGUUGAAACUUUAAAUUAUUCAGUAAAAAUUGUUAAAUCCAGUAAUGGAAUUAACCUGCUUUUCCUUUAUUUAUGUUAUGCAAAGUAUCUAUAUGUAUUUAUGUUAAAAUUCUGGCCCUUAUCAAUAAAUUUUCAAUUUUAUAUAUAUACAAAAUUUGAAUAAGAAGCUGGUACAUAUAAUGCCUAUCAAUUGAGUCUUCUUUUUCAGUGUGAUUGCUUUAGAAGCACAGAUUAAUUUCUUGUAAGCCAUUUAUAUAGACAUUAAUUGUAUAGUGAAUGUGAGAAAAGUUUACCAGUAAAUACAUGUAUCAAAUUUG